AUGUGGCAGCAGUGUUUGUCUCUUAUUCUGUGUGCGAUCGUCUCAGGUUCUGUCUCGGCCGGGUGGAAGCUGACCGUCUCUCCUGUGGUCACAGUCUCCAGAGGAGAGGAUGCUGUCCUCGGCUGUGUCUUCACCCCCAAACAGCAGGACUAUUCAGGGAUGAUCACUGUUAAAUGGAGGACAUCACACGCUCCCCCUUUCUUUGAGUGUUCAGUUAAAAAUGAGUCAACUGAAGGAGACAAACUCUGUGCAUCUGCUGAUUUAAAAUACUCCCUGAAAGGAGAUCCUCGACAGGGGAAUGCAUCGCUCCUCAUCAGGAAGGUACAGCUGACCGAUAACAGGGUGUACUUCUGCCGAGUGGAGCUCGAUGGGCGGUGGGGUGUUAAAGAAGCAAAGACAGAGCUUUAUGUUGAAGGUGAACCUCAGAUCCUGAACCUUUCUGUGGUGGAGAUGCCCUGUGGCUCAAACAGCGCCCCCCAGAGGCUGCAGUGCGAAGUUGAAGGCAACCCAUUGCCUAAAAUUGUCUGGCUGUCAGCCUCCGCGUACAUGUUAGAGAACCAGGGAGAGGCGUCAGAGUCUGGCCCGUACCAUGUGACCAGCUGUGUGCCGUACCUGGAGGAGGACAAAGAGAUCACCUGCAGGGCGGAGAACAGUUUGACCUAUGCAGCGAGCACGUAUCCAACCAGUGACCUUCACGAUCAGAGCCAUCCUCCAAAGAUCCUUCUGAUCGUGUGCGGUGUCAUCGCGAUCCUGGUGGUCAUUGCAGGAGUCGUCUUGUUCUGUCUGAUGGAGAAACGUCCUCAGCAGGUCUCAGACGGUCCAGCUGAAGGAGAAGAGCUGCAGAUGGUUUAUUCAGAGGCUGCCAUGCCCAGUUCCACUUCCUUGGAAAACCAUCACCGGUCGGCCUCAGCAGCAGCAGGAGAGGAGCUUCAGGCGGUUUAUUCAGAGGUCACCAUGCCCGCCUCUAUUUCCUGUGCCCUGUACAGUACACUCCAGUGA